UUUUUUCAGUGCUGUGACGCAGACUUGGAGCUCUGUGAGAGAUCUUUCUACGGACUUCUGUUUUAAACAAACAUUCUGUUUGGCAGAGCGUUAAAGCUCCAGAUUUAGUCUGCCAUGGAGGACAAGAGGGAGCCUGGUCUUGCAAACGGUGGCAAAACUGGGAAAAGAGAAGAUUACUUGGAGUGGUCAGAAUACUUCAUGGCUGUUUCCUUUCUGUCAGCCCAAAGGAGCAAAGACCCCAGUUCACAAGUGGGCGCCUGCAUCGUCAACCCGGAGAACAAGAUCGUGGGCAUCGGUUACAACGGCAUGCCCAACGGCUGCGACGACGACCUCUUGCCAUGGUCUCGGUAUGCUGACGACUGGCUCGACACGAAAAAACCUUACGUGUGCCACGCAGAGAUGAACGCCAUCAUGAACAAAAACAGUGCAGAUGUGAAGGGAUGCACCAUGUAUGUGGUUCUGUUUCCGUGCAACGAGUGCGCCAAGCUGAUCAUUCAGGCCGGACUCAAAGAAGUGGUUUAUUUCUCUGACAAAUACCAUGAUAAACCCGAGUACACAGCUUCCAGAAGGCUGCUCGAAAUGGCAAAAAUAGCUUACAGGGAGUUCAAGCCCAAGAAGACCGAGAUUGUCAUUGAUUUUAAUUCUAUCAACCACGCUGAGAUCCAGAACCCGUCGACCAAGUAAAACUGGACCUAAGAGAACGACCAAAUAUGGAGGGAUAAUGAGUUUGAAAGGUACUGAGAUG